CCAAAUUGCGAUACUGUUUUACAAAGAAAAAACUACAAUCACAACAUUGAAAAACAAAAUUUUUUGGUCUCUUCGCUCGAGUUGCUCCUGUAGUCUGCCACAACAUGGCUAAUAAUUAUCUGCAGCCGGUGCAUAAUUACUUCGAUGACGUGGACCGCUUGGAGGAUAUUGAUGAUGAUUUGUUUCUGAAGAACAAGCGAACAAAUGCCAGCAGCCACAAACCACAGCGCAGUACCAACCCGUUCGAAAACGACGAUGACGAGGACUCGACAACCUCUUCAAUGUCAGCUCAGCGGCUGGCGUACGCGGAGAAGAGACGAGCAAUAGAGCAACGUACUCUGGACUCGACGGAAAAAAGCCUGGGUCUGCUCUACGAAACCGAGGAGGUUGGGAAGGCCACGGCCAUAGAGCUGGCAAAGCAAAGAGAGCAAUUGGAGAAGACCUCGCAUCAAUUGGAUGAAAUCAACUCUACCUUACGCUUCAGCCAGCGUCAUCUGAAUGGUCUGAAGAGUGUAUUCGGAGGACUGAAGAACUAUUUGUCAGGCAACCGUGAUCAGGCAUCCUCGGCCACGGCCUCGCCCACGGCCAGUCAAUCCUCGCAGGAAGCCAACAGUAAUGUUAACGCUGGAGCCUUCGGGGGAUCCUCGGUCCCCCUGUCACCCGCUGAGCACUACGAUAACCAUCCAGUUAGUCGGAUACGCGGGGAAUCCGUCAGUAAAUAUCAGCCGUCAACUCAAGCAGGUAACCCCUUUCAAGCCCAGCUGGACUCAAAUCUGGAAGAUAUGUGUGACAAUUUGUCACGCUUGAAGUUCUUGGCCACCGACUUGGGCACUGAGAUUGAAUCGCAAAAUGAGCUCCUGGACAACAUGAACUAUAAAAUCGAGGACGUCGACCUGAAGAUGACUAGACAGAACAAGGAUAUGAAUAAAUUGCUAAAAAAGUAGUCUGCCCUAGAGUCGUCGACGAUGAAACAUAACAUAGUCAUAGCGUAUCGCAAACUGGAUGCCCGAAGGCCAUUGCAAGUGCAUUCCUCAUUUUAGUUUUCACCUUUUUGUUGUUACACAAACCAAAAGGAAAAUAUUCGCGUUCAUUUAUUGAAUAAAAACUUCAUAUU